AUGGCAUUCAUUGAAGAGUGUAGUGCUAUUAUUCAAAACAAGCUUCAACCAACGCUAAAGGAUCCAAGGAGUUUUUCUAUACCUUGUGCUAUUGAUGGUUCUAAAUUUUUUAAAGCUUUGUGUGAUCUGGGUGCUAGUGUGUCACUGAUCCUUUUGUUUGCUACUAGGAAACUUGGACUUAAAGACAUUCAACCUACUACAAUCACCUUGCAAUUAACAGACAGAACAAUUCAACACCUGAUUGGCAUUAUAGAGGAUGUGUUGGUUAAAUUGGGGCAUCUCUACAUCCCGGUGGAUUUCCUUGUGCUUGAGAUCGAAGAGGAUGUGGACAUUCUUGUGAUCUUCGGACGACCAUUCUUAGUGACUUCAGGCAUAAUCAUUGAUGUGAAGGAAGGCAAGAUAACCUUUAAAGUUGGAGAGGAGGUAGUUGAGUUCAAUAUUUUCAAUGCAAUUAAGCAUCUUGCCUCUUCAAUUAGUUGCUUUAGAAUGGAUGUGGAUGAUGAGGACAAGGGUAUGCUUAUUUCUCCACCUAUAAGUGAUCAAGCACCAUCAUUUGGGUUAAAUCUACCACCUCUAUAG